AUGUCACUUCUCAGGAGGCCGGGAGCUUCAGCUGCCAGUUUUCGACCAGCUGCGCUGCCUAUUCCUCAAUCCCGCUACUCGCGUUCUUUUUCUGGCCUCAAUCGCCCGUCGCCAAAAUAUCCGCAUCACGUUCCGCUCGGAUUCUUCGAGAAAGGCUUUCUCGCCGUUGGUUCCGCAGUAGGAGCGCUGCUUAAUCCUCGAAGAGCUGACCUAAUCGCAACGCUCGGCGAAGUCACCGCAACCCCAUACUUUAUCUACCGACUCCGCGAUGCUAUGCUCCAAGACCCCACCGGUCGACAAAUUCUCCGCGAUCGCCCACGCAUAACCUCCCAAACGCUCCCUCUUCCCUACCUCCGCUCCCUACCCGAGAACUCUGUCGGACGCACCUACGCCACAUGGCUAGACAGGGAAGGCGUCACUCCCGAUACCCGGGAUAAUGUGCAGUACAUCGACGACCCAGAGUGCGCAUACGUCAUGCAGCGAUACCGCGAGUCCCACGAUUUUUACCACGCCGUGACAGGGUUGCCUACGUUCGUGGAGGGUGAGCUAGCGUUAAAGGCGUUUGAGUUCCUGAAUACAUUGAUCCCAAUGACGGGGCUUAGCAUGGCUGCGUCUGUGCGACUGAAGCCUGCCGAACGAGAAAGGCUUUUCUCUUUAUAUCUGCCUUGGGCGGUACGCAGUGGGUUGAAUAGCAAGGAACUGAUCAAUGUCUACUGGGAGAAGGUCCUGGAGAAGGACGUUGACGAGCUGCGAGCAGAGCUCGGCAUUGAGAAGCCGCCGGAUAUGAGAGACAUCCGGCGGAUGAUAAGGAUGCAGAAGAAGAGGGAAAAGGAACAGUUGGAAGGGAAGAGCUCGUAA